ACAUGGAAAAUGAAUGAGUCAAAUGAAUUGAUUUCUGUGUGGACGCUGGAUUCUUGGUUGCCUAUUCCUAACCAUAAUAUUCAUCGACUUGUGGGUACAUUGUUUGACUGGAAAAAUAAGAAGAAGAAGAAGAAGAAGAAGAAGAAGAAGCAAAUUGUUCUUACACAUAGAGAUGAAUUACUCUUGUUGAUGAAAAGACCAUUCCCUUAAAUGGGAGGUCAAGGCUCUAAGAUUGGUACAUGUUGUUGGGAUCCAUCACGCAAUACUACUCUUCCUCCUGAAGCUCCCCAUGUUGUUACGGAAAACGAAGAGAACUGUGAGGAAACACAUUUGCUGUCUUUUCGUGAAUACCCACUAGAACAGCUAAAGAUCGCCACCUCUGGUUUCGCUUUGGAGAAUGUCGUAUCUGGAGAUGGAGAUACGCCUCCAAACCUUGUCUACAAAGGCAAGUUGGAGAAUCAUCAGAAGAUUGCUAUCAAGCGGUUUUCUCGAUUUUCCUGGCCUGAUCCACGCCAAUUCCUUGAAGAAGCAAGAUCGAUUGGUCAUCUACGCAGCAAUAGAAUGGCUACUUUACUCGGUUGCUGCUCUGAAGGCGGCGAGAGAUUACUUGUGGCUGAGUUUAUGCCUAAUGAGACACUGGCCAAACACCUUUUCCACUGGGAAACACAACCGAUGAGAUGGGAGAUGCGAGUACGGGUUGUUUUACACCUUGCAGAAGCUCUUGAAUAUUGUUGUAACAGAGGACGCACUCUGUAUCAUGACCUCAAUGCUUACAGAGUUUUAUUUGACGAGGAAUGCAAUCCAAGACUUUCAACAUUCGGCUUGAUGAAGAAUAGCAUGGAUGGGAACAGUUACAGCACACAUCUUGCUUUUGCCCCUCCCGAGUAUCUACGAACUGGGAGAAUCACUGCAGAGAGUGUGAUUUACAGCUUUGGUAUUCUUUUGCUUGAUAUUUUCGCUGGAAAGCAUAUUCCUCCUAGCCAUGCCCUUGAUUUGAUUCGAGACAGAAAUCUUCAGAAGCUAGCCGAUUCUUGUUUGAAGGGACAACUUUCCGACAGCGAUGGCGCUGAGUUAGUACGCAUGGCAUCUCGCUGUCUUCAGUAUGAAGCUCGAGGGCGACCAAACAUAAAAUAUUUGAUAACUGCACUGACAGCUCUCCAGAAAGAUAAAGAUGCAGAGGUCCCGUCUCAUGUCCUAAUGGGUCGUGGUGAUUUUGUGUCACCUUUAUCUCCUUUUGGAGAGGCUUGUAUGCGAAAGGACCUCAACACUAUGCUUGAGAUGUUGGAUAAAAUUGGGUACAAAGAUGAUGAAUCGGUAUCGUUUCGGUGGACGGGCCAGAUGCAAGAAGCUGUGGAGUGGAAGAAGAAAGGCGAUGUUGCAUUUAGACAGAAAGACUUAAAAGAAGCCAUUGAGUUUUACACUCAGUUUCUUGACUUGGGAAUGAUCUCUGCAACAGUCUUUGUACGACGCAGUCUAAGUUCCCUGAUGAUGGGUAACAUGGCGAAAGAAGCUUUAGAGGAUGCAAUGAAAGCACAAGGCAUUUCUCCAGUAUGGUACGCUGCAUUGUAUCUCCAGUCUGCUGCGCUUGAUGCCCUGGGAAUGGAGAAGGAAUCCAAGAUGGCACUUAUGGAAGGAUCCGACCUUGAAGCCAGAAAGAUAUCAGCUUCCACACACUGAACUGAAUACUAUUCUUUUUUACGAUUGAGAUAUCUUGCAAGGGAAAAAAAGGCUAAAGGGCAAUCUUCGUUCAAUUUGGUACAUAAAGAGAGAGAGUUCAAAAUGUUAGAACAUCUUCAUGGUAGAUAGAGAAGGCUAAGCCAUUGGUUUCAGUUGAUACAUAAGAGGUUGGAGUAAACAAACAACAUUAAUUAACACCAAACGUUGUAGUAAUGAUCUACUGAAAUAGUUGGGCCUAAUUGGGGGUCCAUGUUAGCCUAUUACGGCCUAGUAACUA